AGGCUGGGCGCCGCCGCCGCCGCCUGAGGGAAAGAAAGAAAGGAAGCGGCCGGGGGAGGCGGCGGCGCGGAGACGAGAGGAUGGUGGUGGCGGUGACGCGGAAGGAGGAUGGAGUCUGCAGAUUAUUUAGAAGAACUUCCUGAGACAGAUGAGCCCGCCUGGAUCUUAGGAAGGCAGCACCACCUGAAAACAGAAAAAUCUAAACUUCUUUCGGAUAUCAGUUCUCGUCUUUGGUUUACCUACAGAAGAAAAUUUUCACCAAUUGGUGGCACAGGUCCUUCCUCAGAUGCUGGCUGGGGCUGCAUGCUGCGAUGUGGACAGAUGAUGUUGGCCCAGGCUCUGAUCUGUCGACAUUUGGGAAGGGAUUGGCAGUGGGAGGAAUACAAAAAGCAACCAGAAGAAUAUCAAAAGAUUUUGUGCUGCUUCCUGGACAGAAAAGAUUGCUGUUACUCAAUUCAUCAAAUGGCACAGAUGGGUGUCGGCGAAGGGAAAUCUAUUGGGGAAUGGUUUGGGCCAAAUACUGUUGCCCAAGCACUCAAGAAACUUGCACUGUUUGAUGAAUGGAAUUCCUUAGCUGUUUACGUGUCUAUGGACAACACUGUGGUGAUUGAAGAUAUCAAAAAAAUGUGCCGGGUCCCACCCCAGGGUUGCCCCAGGACUCACUGCAGUUCACUGUCAUACAGGAGCUCCGUCACCCCAGCCAAGACCCCAGGAGACCCCACUUGCGGUUGGAAGCCUCUGCUACUGAUUGUACCUCUUCGCCUGGGGAUAAACCACAUCAAUCCGGUUUAUGUCGACGCAUUUAAGGAAUGCUUUAAGAUGCCGCAGUCUUUAGGAGCUUUAGGAGGAAAACCAAACAAUGCCUACUACUUUAUUGGAUUUUUGGGAAACGAGUUGAUCUACCUGGACCCGCAUACCACCCAGGUCUUUGUAGAUUCUGAUGAGAAUGGUACAGUCGACGACCAUAGCUUCCACUGCCAGCAGGCCCCACAUCGGAUGAAGAUAAUGAAUCUUGAUCCCUCUGUAGCAUUAGGAUUCUUUUGUAAAGAAGAAAAGGACUUUGAUAACUGGUGUAGCCUUGUGCAAAAGGAGAUACAUAAGAAGCAGAGUCUACGGAUGUUCGAGCUGGUUCAAAAGCAUCCACCGCACUGGCCACCUUUCAUACCUCCCACCAAACCAGAAGUAACAACCACCGGAGCAGAGCUCAUUGACUCCACCGAUAAACUGUUUGAAUUGGAAGAAGAGUUUGAGAUCUUGAGUGUAUGAAGGCAACCUGGUGCACAGUCCAGGACUGGAAUAAGACCACAGAGCCUUUCUUACCCUGAAGUGCCUGCAUGUGAACAAAGCGCAAGACCUCAGGAGAACAGUUAAAAAAACAA